UUACAGGGGCGAUAGAGUUCAGCGGCGACACUUCUGAACCCUCUCACUCCAACGCUGCUGGGUUUUCAGAGAAGCACAAUGAUGCGGGACAAGAUCUUGAUGCUUUUUGCGCUAGCUUGGCUUUAUUCUUCUGGAGGACAUGGACAAACUGACAUUAAAAUUCCGUGUGAUGGUAAACGUGUGGAGAAUGUUGUGAACUUAACUCUUUCCACGCAUAACAAGAUAUUAACCGAAGGUGCUAAGCUGGCGCUCUAUGAAAUCCUGGAGGCUACAAAGGUUCAGAAUGAAUCGUCGGAAACUGUGUUCGUACGGUUCACGAGCAGAGAGACAGACUGUCCCGCAGGAGGAGACAAAGUUUGGCAUGAAUGUGACUAUUUGCAAGAAGCAGAUAAGGCACUCAGAAUCUGUCAUGCAAAAGUCCAGUUUAAAGAAGGAAGUCAACAGUUACUGUUGCAUGACUGUUCAGCCGAACCAGCUAUUACCUCUAAAGUCGCCCCUUGUCUGGGCUGCCCUGAGAAGAUCGAUUUACAUCAUGAAGAACUGAGGGAACCGCUCAUACACUCUUUGAGGACAGCCAACGGCUUAAUCAACCACAAGCACUUCUUCAUCUUGAAGGGCUUGUCAUCUGCAACAAAACAGGUGGUUGCUGGAUUCAGGUAUAAACUGCAGUUUGCGAUUGAGAAGAGCAACUGCACCAGGACAGAAUUUAAAGUGGUUACUGAGGAGUGCCACCCGCUGCAAGAGAAAACGGAGAUUUUGCAGUGUAACUCUACUGUGGAUGUGGCUCCUUGGAGACACGAGGUCCCAGAGGUGCAUGUUGAAUGUAUGACAGUUACUAAGAGCGGGGGAAGAUUUAAACGGCCACCAGGCUGGACUCCUCUUAGGAUUAUGCCUAUCAGAAAAUUUACCUCAAAGACGAAAGUCAAAGAAUCCUCAGAGGAAUCCAAGGAGAGCAUCGGCAAGACCCCACACACACCCCUCAACUGUCCAACCAAACCCUGGAAAGAGUUCAAGCCGGUCGUUGUCACCACAGCUCCUCCAACCACCACAGAGCCUUCACAGCCGGACCCAACCACAGCAAACGCUGUGUUCAGCGACCUGGAUCUGUUAACAUGAGCGGCCUGUGUGUGUGUGUUUAAAUGAAUACCUAAAAUAAAAAAGAACGGAAGGUUGAAGUGAAAUUCAACGGCCAUUCUUAGAAUGUGUUUUUUGACAUUUUGAAUAAAGUAUCAUUCAUUUA